AUGUGGACGGAUUUAGGGACAUUACUAAUCUUUCACGUGUUCUUUCUGAGGAUUUCUUUCCUGGGAGCCACUGAUGAGUGCGAGGAUGGACAGUUUCAGUGCAACAACAAAAGGUGUAUACCAACCAUCUGGAGGUGCGACGACGACGAUGACUGCUCAGACAAUAGCGAUGAAGAAAGCUGCCCUAGGAAAACGUGUGCUCCUGCAGAGUUUGCCUGCUUAAAUGGACAGUGUGUCCCUGGACGAUGGCGGUGCGAUGGGGAACCGGAGUGUCCUGAUGGCUCUGAUGAAGCAGAGGAAACAUGCAGCAAACAGACCUGCCCUCCUGAGAAAUUUGACUGUGGAGGAUCCACCAACAAGUGUGUCUCGUUGUCAUGGAGAUGUGAUGGGGAGAAAGACUGUGAGAACGGAGCAGACGAGGAGGACUGUGCUUCUGAUGCCAAAGCCUGCCCCAGCGGAGAGUUUAUGUGCGCCAACCGCAAAUGCCUGGCCACCGUCUACGUGUGUGAUGGUGACAAUGACUGUGGAGAUGGCAGCGACGAACUCAAGUGUACCUCCCCUCUGACCUGUGGGCCCAACCAUCUCCGCUGUAACACCUCUGAGUGUGUGCCACUCAUGUGGAGCUGUGACGGAGACCCAGACUGCUCCGACAGUUCCGACGAGGGUCCGGAACGCUGUGGUGGUGAUGGGGCCUUGUACCUGCAUAACCACAGAGCCAACUGCACUGCCGGGGAGUUUCGCUGCAACAAUGGGGAGUGUAUUCGUCUGACCUGGAAGUGUGACGGAGAUCCAGACUGCAAGGACAAGUCUGAUGAAUCCGACUGUCCUCUGCUGACGUGUCGUCCUGAUGAGUUUCAGUGUGGUGAUGGUUCCUGUAUCCACGGUACCAAACAGUGUAACAAGGUCCAUGACUGUCCUGACCACAGUGACGAGUCAGGCUGUGUCAAUGCCACAAAGUGUGAAGGACCCCUGAAGUUUCAGUGUAAGAAUGGAGAGUGCAUUGACAGCUCCAAGGUGUGUGACUCUGUCAAGGACUGUAAGGACCGAUCUGAUGAGCCCAAAAAAGAAUGUGGGUUAAAUGAAUGUAUGAUCAAUAAUGGUGGUUGCUCCCAUGUCUGCAUGGACCGACCGAUCGGGUUUGAGUGCCAGUGUCCAACCGGCUACCAGUUGCUGGACAAGAAGACUUGUGGAGGAAAAAGCCCCAAUUUACUGUUCACAAACCGACAUGAGAUCCGUCGCAUUGACUUGGUGAAGAGGGAGUACAGUCAGGUUGUGUCUACCCAGAAGAACGCUGUGGCUCUGGAUUUUGAUAUGGCCAAUAACCGUGUUUUCUGGUGUGAUCGAUUUCACCGCAAAAUCUACAGUGCCUUCAUCCAUGAGGUCAGCGACCCCACCCAGCAGGUGCCUCUGGUGGAUUCAUUCUUGCAGACCCCUGUGGGCUUGGCUCUGGACUGGCUCCAACACAACUUGUACUGGACCGACUCAGGAGAUAAAUCCAUCUCUGUGGCCUCAGUGGAUGGGACCAAGAGACGUGUCCUAAUCAACGUUGACCUGAGCGAGCCCCGGGCCAUAGCUCUGGACCCUCACCAAGGUUUUAUGUACUGGUCAGACUGGGGCACACGAGCCAAGAUAGAGAAAGCUGGAAUGAACGGAGUGGACCGUCAGGUGCUGGUGGCAGAUAAUAUUGAAUGGCCCAAUGGCAUUACACUCGAUGUAGCCAACAGACGUCUUUACUGGGUGGACUCCAAACUGCACCUCAUAGCUAGCGUGGACCUGAACGGAGCUCACCGCAGGACACACCUAUCAUCUGCAGAGAGGCUGGGACACCCUUAUGCUCUGGCUGUUUUUGAGGAUCGAAUCUACUGGACAGACAGAGACAAGGCAGCAGUUUUUAUGGCAAAUAGACUGACCGGUCAAGAUGUCCAAGCUCUGGCUGAAAACCUCAAUGACCCCCAUGACAUUGUGGUUUUCCACCAGCUCCGACAACCACAAGGCCCUGACAGCUGCAAUCUGGGCAUUGUAGCCAAUGGAGGCUGCGAGUAUUUGUGUUUGAAAGCACCACAAAUCACAGAGCACUCGCCAAAAUACACCUGUGCCUGUCCAAACGGACAGGAUCUGGGCCCCGACAUGAGGGGCUGUGUGCCAGCAGCACCCAGAAAUGACAUGACAGCAACGUCUGUACCUCCCUCUGGAUUUUCACCUGACACCAGAACAAAUGUCCCUGAAGGCACCGCUCCGUCCUCAGGGGUAUUGUCACUGGCCGAUGCUGUCCCCCACUUGGCCACAGCUCCCUCUGCUCUCCCUGAGUCUUUCACGCUCCUCAACACACUGCAGCCUCUGUCAUCACAGGAGUCUCUGGGCUCCCACUCCACAGACACAUCCUUGGUCAUCUCCACCACACCUGCCGGAGACAGCAGCAUCUCACAACACUCUGGAAGCGAGAAUUUCCUCCUUGGUGAGAACCUGACCGUGGCUGUUCUGGGAGUGGUCAUUCCUAUUGUUCCUAUCGUUGCCACAGUGGUGUUUGGCCUGGUCUGCGCCGGAGUCUACCUGGUUUGGCGGAACUGGAGGCGCAACUCCACCAAGAGCAUGAACUUUGACAACCCCGUCUACCGCAAAACCACCGGCGAGAGCGAGGAGGACGAGAUUCACAUUGGAAGGACUGACGCCAUGGGGCACCACGUGCACCACCACCCGUUUCCUCAGGGAGUCAGCAUGGGAGUUAUAGGAGCUGGAGGCGCCACCUGCCCGCAGUUCAUUGCCCUGCCACUAGGGGGAAGCAUGCCCGAUCCAGGGACUCACUGGUACACGGAGCAGCCCAUGCUCUCCACGGCAAAGUGACCACCCACCCCACUCCCAGAGGCCACUGUUGGUGAAGACGGCAUCUCAAGCACACAGUAAGGGCGGAGAAGGACUGGACAAGCUUAGGGAAGUGAUGGACAACAUAUCAAGAAAUGCAGCCAUUCACAGCCAUGUCGGAGGCCAAAUUUGAUUUAAAAAAAUUAACUUCACUAAAAAUUGUUCAGUAACAUAAUUGCUUAGAAAAGAAAACCA